GUUAAUUUAGUAAGAUCGAAUUUGUACAUGUGUUGCGUCUUUUGAUCGUAAGAAUUGUGAAUAUUAUUGUGAAAAUAUGGCCAACGUUGUUGCUAACGUACCUGUGUCAAAAAUCUUAAAAGACAAAAGUGCCUGUGAAGAUGAACCAAGAAAAAAAAGCCGAGAAGAUUGGAGAAAAGCAAAAGAAUUAGAAGAGGCAAGAAAAGCAGGUACAGCACCUGCGGCUGUCGAUGAAGAAGGAAAAGAUAUUAAUCCACAUAUUCCUCAAUAUAUUAGUGCAACACCAUGGUAUUUUGGAGCACAGGGUCCAACAUUAAAACAUCAAAGACCUCAACCUGAGAAACGAAAGUACUUUAGUGGAAUAGAUGAAUGGUACAAACGUGGUGUAGAUACAUCUAAAAUUGCAACAAAAUAUCGUAAAGGUGCUUGUGAAAAUUGUGGUGCUAUGACACAUAAGAAGAAGGAAUGUAUGGAGAGGCCUCGUAAAAUAGGAGCGAAAUUUACAAAUGCAAAUAUUGCACCAGAUGAAUUUGCACAACCUGAAUUAUGCGUUGAUUAUGAUGGAAAAAGAGAUAGAUGGGCUGGUUAUGACCUGUCUGAACAUAAAGCUAUUGUUGAAGAAUAUCAAAAAAUUGAAGAAGCUAAAAGACAAAUGCGUGCAGAGAAACUCAAUGCUGAAGAAAAUGAUGAACAAGAUUCAGACAAAGAUGAAGACAAAUAUGUGGAUGAAGUUGAUAUGCCUGGAACUAAAGUUGACUCUAAACAACGUAUUACUGUUCGAAAUCUAAGAAUUAGAGAAGAUACAGCCAAAUAUCUGCGUAAUUUGGAUCUUCAAUCUGCAUAUUAUGAUCCUAAAACUAGAUCUAUGCGUGAUAAUCCUUAUGCAGGCACAGAUAGAGAAGUGGAUUAUAAGGGAGGAAAUUUUGUACGUUUCUCAGGAGAUACACAACAACAUGCAAAUGCUCAAUUAUUUGCUUGGGAAGCACAUGAGAAAGGAGUUGAUGUACAUUUACUUGCUGAACCUACAAAAUUAGAAUUAUUAAAACAAGAAUAUGAUAAGAAGAGAGAUGAAUUGAAAGAUAAGGCACGAGAGAGUAUUAUUAAACGAUAUGGUGGUGAAGAACAUCUUCAGGCACCACCACCUUCACUGUUAUUAGCUCAGACAGAACAUUAUCAAGAAUAUUCUAGAUAUGGAAAGAUGUAAUGAGUUAAUAAAAUAAAUAAAAAAUUGAAUAUAA